UUAACCUGUGUGAGAGGGCGGCUGCAGCAGACAUCUUUGUGAGCUAAUUAGCAGAAGUGUGUGGGGAGUGGCUCUGUGUUCGGUAAAGCAUGAGAGAGAAGAUCUUGCCGUGAGGGACAGGAGAGAGUGGCAGUGCAGGAUUGAACUUUUAUUGUUUCAGGACAGUGUUCUCAGCCUCCUGAUCCAUCAUGGCGUAUGCAGCAUUCUGGGAGAGUCUUCAAGAAGGAGCAGCUUCUUCCUCACAUGAUGUCCGUUGUAGCAGCAGCAGCAAGCCUUCACCCUACUAUCCCACCAUUGGGUCCUACUACUGCAAGUCGCAGUCCAGCCAGGCCACACCCAAACCGGCAGCUCAGGUCUCCACUUCGGGGCCUGCACAGUUCGAGAAGGCAUCAUCAGGAUCCGCCAUGGCUACAAAGUCUGGGGUGGUUACUACAUCCGCAGGCGGAGCCACACAAAGUGGCGUCACAGCAGGAGGAAGUGCUUCAGUUGUGAAAGGAGGAAAAGCCAAAUCAGAGACUAACACCACGCCGGCAGGUGCCACUGUUAUUGACAUGUCGUCUGCUGGGGCUGCCUUUGUUGAUAUGACAUCAGCUGGGGCGAGGGGCCGUUCUAAAGAGAUGUCAAAGACUGCCCCUGUUUCUCAAGUCACAGCCACAGCUACAGGUCCUCCUCUUGCCUCUGGAGUGGCUGCAGCUGCUGUCAGCACAGCGACCUCUGCUAUGACCAAACCUAAGUCAUCCAGAGACACGGCCAAGGUGCAGGUGGAAAUUCCUCCGGCAGCAACUGAAGGACCCAAAGAGGUGGAUCCGUUUGAUGCCCUUGCCGGCAGUCUGCCAUCAGCUGAUCCUACUGUACGUCCACAGCCUGUUUACACCGGGCCAGAGGUCACAGAGCAUGACAUCACCGCCGAGAAAGGUCAGAGGUGUGGAGAAAGAGAGAGCACGCUGCCUCCAGGCUACAGAUUGGAAGAUAUGCCUCCACCUCCUGCAGAUUAUAAACCCAAGGAUGUCCCUAAACCACUGAGCACAGACGAGGCCCUGGAUUCUCUCUCAGCUGGAUUCAUGACUUCAACUGGUCCGGCAGUGCCAAAACAACAAGAGAAUAAGGACUAUGUUCAAAGCAUCAGUGCCUCAUCAGCCGCCCCUGCCAACUUUGCACCCCCUCCUGUAAAGAAAUCUCAAACCCCUGCAGCAGCUCCACCUGUGGCCGCGUGUCCUGCUCCUCCAGCUGAUAAAAAAGCCAAGAUGGAGGGUGAUUUCUCUCUGGAGGCCGGACUUUCUUCUGCUACUGCCACGAAAGCAGCUUCUCCUGUGGCUGUGUGUGCUCCUGCUGAUAAAAAAGCCAAGACAGAGAAGUCCAAGAAAGAUGACACCAAGCCGGCAGGGGGUGACCUUAUGUCUCCGGGUGCUCUCAGUGCCCUUGGUGACCUGUUGCCAGACGACGCACCAAAACCUGAACUGCCCAAACUCAGACCUGAGGACAUCGUCUCGGAGGACAAACACAAGAAGGAGAAGGGUGUGCUUGUAGGAGAGAGGGAGGACACGAUUCCUCCAGAGUACAGGUUUGAUAAGGACAAACUAGAAAAACUUCCUGCUCCUAAACCAGAGCCCACCAUGGGCACUCAUGAUGCUUUGGACAUUUUGUCUGGAGACUUCGUGACCUCCUCAGCUGCUCCUCCUCCUGCAAAGACAUCCCCCAUGGCUGUGUGUCCUCCUGCUGACAAAAAAAUCCAGAAUGCGAAAGCUUUAGGUGAUUUCUCUCUGGAGGCUGGACUUACUUCUUCUACUGCCAAGAAAGUUGAGUCCUCCGCAGUCCCCCCUGUGGCUGUGUGUAAAGCUCCUGCUGCUGGAAAAGACGCCACUGACGGCAAACCCAAGACUGGUCAGGGUGACGCAAUGUCUUUGGAUGCUCUAAACGCUCUUGAUGACCUGUUGCCAAAAGAUGAUCCGAAACCUGAACUCCCCAAACUCAAGCCUGAGGACAUCGUCACGGAGGACAAACACAAGAAAGAGAAGGGUGUGCUUGUAGGAGAGAGGGAGGACACGAUUCCUCCAGAGUACAGGUUUGAUAAGGACAAACUAGAAAAACUUCCUGCUCCUAAACCAGAGCCCACCAUGGGCACUAAUGAUGCUUUGGACAUUUUGUCUGGAGACUUCCUGACCUCCUCUUCAGCUCCUGCGGUCCAGGCUCCUGUUGUUACCCCCUCUGCUCCUCCUGCAGAGACCUCUGGAGGCUUCGUUCUGGAGUCCGUGGGCUCCACUGCUGCUCCGACAGUGGCAUCUGCUGCUUUUGUUCCCGCAGAGGCUGCCCCACAGCUGUCGGCGGGAGCGGACAGUGCUCUGGAUGCUCUUUCAGAUUCAUUAAAGGAUAUCACACCUGCACCUCAGCCUGCCCCAGUUCCUGCAAAAGACAUUGUUAAGGAGAAAAAAGUCGUUGAAGAGAAGCUGAUUAAGAUGGGAGAGAGAGAUGACACACUGCCACCAGAGUAUCGACCCACUGAGGAGGAUCUCAAGAAAAUGGCAGAAGAAAAAGCAAAAGGAGAUGCAAAACCCAAGGAGAAGACUAUGGAUGAUAAAACAGCUUUGGACUUGCUGUCCAGUGACUUUGCUGCAGCGUCUCAGCCCGCUGCUGCGUCUCAGCCCGCUGCAGCGUCUCAGCCCGCUGCAGCAGCAGCUGCAUCCUUUGCAGCCACAUCAAAGCUGGAACCUCCUGUGCUGGACUCAGCGCCCCUGAAGCCAAUGCCUGGUCCUGUCCUGGAUUCCCUGUCUGGCACGCUGCUCCCAGAAGCCCCAGAGUUCCAAUCUAAGACCGAAAAACCAAAGAGCAAGAGCAAGUCAAAGUCAAAGGCUAAAAAACAUGCAGAGGUGCCUUCUGCCACUGAUCAGCUACCAGCUCAGCCAAGCUCAGACGUCGUGCCAAAAUCUACAAAGAAGGGAGGAAGGAGCUAGACCACUAAGUUGUCGGCACAAUUUGUUCUCCCGGCCACAGGGACGCAACGGUGAGGGAGCUGCUCUCUGGAUAGUAAUUCUAUUU